AUGGCCCGCACACCGUCCACGAUGAUGCUCGAACUCGGCGCCGAAGCGCCGAACUUUUCCCUUCCAGGCGUCGACGGCGCGACCGUCUCGCUCGAUGAUUUCGGCGAUGCCGGGGCGCUUCUCGUAAUGUUCAUCUGCAACCACUGCCCCUUCGUGAAGCACAUCCGCGACGAGCUCGCCGCCCUCGGGCGCGACUACGCCGGCAAGGGCCUCGCGGUCGUCGCGAUCUCCUCGAACGACGUCGCGAACUACCCGGACGACUCGCCGGAAAAAAUGAAGGCCGAGGCCGAGGAGGCCGGGUACACCUUCCCCUAUCUCUACGACGAGACGCAGGCCGUCGCCAAGGCGUACCGGGCCGCGUGCACGCCGGACUUCUUCCUUUUCGACGCCGACAAGAAGCUCGUCUACCGCGGGCAGCUCGACGACUCGCGCCCCGGCAACGACGUGCCGGUGACCGGCAAGGACCUGCGCGUCGCCAUCGAGAGCGUGCUCGCAGGGAGCCCGGCGCCCGAGACGCAGCACCCGAGCAUCGGCUGCAACAUCAAGUGGAUCCCGGGCAACGAGCCGGAGUACGCGGCCGCCCUCGAUCGGGAUGCCGAUCGAGGUGCUCGUCAGCGCGCACUUGAUGUGCGCCGGCAUGUCGUCCGGUCCCUCGUCGGUGUGGGUGUAGAGCGCGUCGUCCUCGCGGACAAGCCUGCUGAGCCACGCCUCGAGGUCUCGCCUCACGGAUGGGUCCGCGUUUUCCUGAAUAACCAGGCUCGCGCUGGUGUGGCGGAUGUAGACCGUGCAGAGGCCUUCCUGCAGGCCGGAAUCGGCCGCGAUCCGGCUCACCUCGCCCGAAAUCUCGUAGAGCGCGGCAUGGCCACGGUCCUCAUCAUCGACGAUUCCCACCUCGAACGCACGCACACGAGCCUCGCGCUCAGCGCGGCGGACCACACGGUGCUCGUGGCGCGCGACGGCGUCGAGGCGUUGCGGCUCCUCGAGAGCGACAAGCCCGACUGCGUCGUCAUCAACCACCACACGCCCGCGGUGAGCGCGGAAGAGUUCAUCGACCGCGUCCGGUCGGGGCCCUCUUCGGCGCGCGUGAUCGUGCGCGGGACCGCGCUGACCGAGGCGACCGCCCGCGCCUACCAAGCCCGCGGCGCGGAUGCGGUGCUGAGCGGCCCGCACGAGACGGACGGCCCGCUCAUCGACGCGAUCGAGACGUGCGUGCGCAGCGCGAAGCUCCCGAAGGCUGGCUGA